GAAAACUCAGAUAUGGCAUUCUUGAUUUUCCUGCAUCUGCCAUUUAUCAGCAGCUUCUGGUUGAUGCUCUACUUUGGACAUGGUGCAUUAGGGUGUGCACCGGGAAGAUUUGGACCAACUUGUGAGAAUAUUUGUCCAAUUAAUUGCGCAGGAGUAGAAUGUGGCUCAGUGACGGGAUAUUGUACUUACGGGUGUGUGACCGGUUACUAUGGGUACACGUGCAUUUCAGUGUGCCCGUCUGGAACCUGGGGUGAGGAAUGUGGAGAAACAUGUGCAGGUUGCAUUGGAAGCCUAUGUAAUUCUAUCAGUGGCCACUGUACUUAUGGCUGUGUAUUUGGUUACAAUGGACCAUUGUGUGACAUAAAAAACAAUAUAUGUGUUAAAACAGACACAUUGGAUGUUUAUGCUGAACGAGAGACUACGCUGAUUGUAAUGGCACAGUACUUCACCCACCCACUGUCCAAAAUUCAUAUAAAGUUUGGCAAUGAAGAGCCUUGUUUGUUAGACAGCGACUGGGUUCACCUUAAUGUAACUACAGGAAUAGUUGCCUACAAAGGUGUCAGUGUGAAUGUAACCGGCUUCACCCACCUCCAUGUGGUUUAUCAUAUGUUCUUUGAACCGACUACGGUUGUUAAUGUCACACUUGACAACCAGGGCAUCAUCAACUAUCGCAAUGUUACCUUCAAUGCUCACCAACAUCAUAUUGCUAAGGACUGUUACCAGAAUGCCACAAUAAACAAUGCUAGUAGUGAUAUCUUAUCACCCAUCCCAGUGGAACGCAGCUCAAUCCAUACUUACUCUGUCAACUGGAUAACUGAUCAUAAUUGCCUUGAAUUCCAUGGUGUCAAUUCUGUGCAAUAUGCCUACAUCUGGGUUGUCAGAUAUUCUCAAGCAGACACAUGCUGGAUGGAAGGAAAUACAAAAGUCGAGGAUUCCAUUUGGUAUAAUGGAACCGGAACACAGGAAGCUACAUUUAGAAUACCAGCAGACCUUUUGUUUAUUGGAUUUUAUUUUAUCAAUAUUAGAGCAUAUAUUGAGUUAUCAGUUGGAGGAUCGCAGGUAGAUUUCUACAGAAACAUUAAUGGUUACAUUGAGAUAACUCUGAACAGUGUAAGAGCAUCCUUAGGUUCCCUGCUUUCACCAAUCCACCUGUGUAGUGAAGCGCUGCUGCUCAAUGCCAGCACCUCCGAGGAUCCCGAAGGAAUUUUGACUCUCGCAGAUUUCCAAUUUUCCUGGACCUGUGUGAUGGAUGAUGUGUUGCCUUGCUCCAUCUUUGGAGUAGCUAUUGGUAGUGACAACAUCACCAUGCCUUUUACAGGUAUAUGUGUAAACUAAUUAAUCCUUACAGUCUGUAGACGUUGGAACAUCACAUUGUAGU